GACAGUAUAUAUAGAGCUUUAUUUCAAUCUCACCUCAUAACAUUUUACAAUCUAUUUUAAUUCAUCAUCACUACAUCUUCAUCUCGUGUUUCUUAUACCAAAUUCUGAACAUGGCUCUUGCAUUGGAAAUUAAGAAAGAAUUUACCCAACUAUCAGAAAGGGUAAAAUCUGUGGAUUUACAUCCAACUCAACCAUGGAUUCUUGCAAGUUUGUAUUCAGGAACUGUUUGCAUCUUGAACUACCAAUCACAGACCAUGGAGAAGUCUGUUAAGGUCACUGAAUCCCCAGUAAGGUCAGCAAAAUUCAUUGCAAGAAAGAACUGGAUUGUCACUGGAUCAGACGACAAGUUCAUUCGCGUAUAUGAUCAAGAUACAAUGGAAAUGAUCAAAGAAUUUGAGGCGCACACAGAUUACAUUAGGUGUGUGACUGUCCACCCUUCUCUUCCCUGCAUACUGUCAUCUUCUGAUGAUAUGCUGAUAAAGAUGUGGGACUGGGAGAAGGGCUGGGACUGCACUCAGACCUUUGAAGGACAUUCUCAUUAUGUGAUGCAAUCAGCUUUUAAUCCAAAAGACAGUAAUGUUUUUGCUAGUGCAUCACUUGAUGAAACUGUAAAGAUUUGGAAUCUGAAUUCCCCUGCUCCAAUUUCUACAUUGGAUGGGCAUGCAAAAGGGGUAAAUUGUGUUGAUUACUUCAUCAACAAUGAAAAGCUUUAUCUGCUAAGCGGUUCUGAUGACUUUACUGUCAAGGUUUGGGACUAUGAAUCAAAAACUUGCAUGCAGACAUUAGAAAGCCACACCAACAAUGUCUGUGCAGUCUGUGUCCAUCCAGAGUUUCCCAUCAUCAUUACUUGUUCUGAAGAUGGGACUAUCUGUGUAUGGGAUGCAAACACUUGCAGACUUGAGAACACAUUGAAUUAUGGCCUUGAAAGAGUCUGGACUGUUGGAUGCAUGAAAGGCUCACACCAGGUGGCAUUUGGUUGUGAUAAUGGAACCAUUGUGGUCAGAGUCAGUGGCUCAAACUGAGAAGCAAGACUCCCAAGAAAUAAUUUCAUUUACUAUUAGUAUUGCUUCUGCUGUUUGUAUAAUAAUGGCUAUUGGCCUGUAAAUUUGUUUUUUGUAGACGUUGGUGCCCACUCUUGGGCAGCCUUAUCUUUAUCAUUUACAAAAGGCGUUGUGUUCUUCAUAUAUGUUUGAUUGGUUGUUGACAUUACAUUGUUUUAAAAAUGGAUUUUGCUCAUCUGAA